GCGCUUCCGGGCGGAAGCAGGGGGGGGCGCCUAAGAUGGCGGCGGCGUGAGUUGCAUGUUGCGGGGCCGCUGGGACCGGAGCCGCCGCCAUGGCGGUGACCGUGACACUGAAAACGCUGCAGCAACAAACGUUCAAAAUCCGAAUGGAGCCGCACGAGACGGUGCGGGUGCUGAAGGAGAAGAUCGAGGCUGCCAAGGGCCCUGAGGCCUUCCCGGUGUCCGGCCAGAAGCUGAUUUACGCCGGGAAGAUCCUGAGCGACGACGUCCCCAUCCGCGAGUACCGGAUCGACGAGAGGAACUUCGUGGUCGUCAUGGUCACCAAGGCCAAAUCAGCCCCAUUGGGCUCCGCAGCCCCUGACAAUGGGGGAGCAGCAGAGCCUGCUCCUGCCCCGGGCCCCCCCCCGGCCCCCGACACCGCCCCCCCCCCCCCGGCUGCCCCCAGCGAGGAGCCUCCAGCCCCAGACCUGCCCCCGGUCACCCCCCCGGAGCCUGCAGCAGGCUCCGUCCCCCCCCCCAGCAGUGGGGGGCGCUCGGCUGAUGCUGCCUCAACGCUCGUGACAGGCUCCGAGUACGAGACGAUGCUGAAGGAGAUCAUGUCCAUGGGCUACGAGCGCGAGCGAGUGGUGGCCGCACUGAGGGCCAGCUACAACAACCCCCACCGGGCCGUGGAGUACCUGCUCACGGGCAUCCCCGGCAGCCCCGAACCCGAGCGCCCCCCGGUGCAGGAGAGCCGCCCCCCGGAGCAGCCCCCCCCCGAAGGGGAGAACCCGCUGGAGUUCCUGCGGGAGCAGCCUCAGUUCCAGAACAUGCGUCACGUGAUCCAGCAGAACCCGGCCCUGCUUCCGGCGCUGCUGCAGCAGCUGGGCCAGGAGAACCCGCAACUGCUGCAGCAAAUCAGCCAGCACCAGGAGCAGUUCAUCCAGAUGCUCAACGAGCCCCUGGGGGAGCUGGGGGAGGUGGAGGGGGAGAUGGGAGCCAUCGGGGACGAGUCCCCCCAGAUGAGCUACAUCCAGGUGACGCCUCAGGAAAAGGAAGCCAUAGAAAGGCUCAAGGCCCUGGGCUUCCCCGAGGGCCUCGUCAUCCAGGCCUAUUUCGCCUGCGAGAAGAACGAGAACCUCGCGGCCAACUUCCUGCUCAGCCAGAACUUCGAUGACGACUGAGGGGGGGGGUCCCCAUCCCCCCUUCCCCUCCCCCCUCCCCCUUCCAUGGGGGUGGGGG